AUGUUCCCAAAUUUGGAGCAUCAAUAUGAGGCAAUUGUCCGCAUACUGCUAUAUUUCAAGUGGACAUGGAUUGGAGUAAUUUCUGGGCAGGAUGACAAUGGAGAGAAAUUUGAACAGAAUGUGAUCCACAAGUUUGCCCAGAGAGGUAUCUGCUUUGAUUUCAUAGCAAGAAUUCCCAAAAUGUCUUUUACCAGUGAUAUUGUUGACAUGGUGGAAGAGGGAUUUGAAAUGAAAGAAAGCAUUAUGAGAAGCACUGUCAAUGCAUUGGUCAUGCAUGGUGAAAUCGAAACCAUGCUCAUCCUGAGGACAUUCUCCCAUGUUUUAGCGCAUGAGCUUCCCUCAACAAAGAGAAAUGGUAAAGUUUGGAUUAUGACAGCCCAGAUGGAGUUCACUUCCUUUCCUUUACAAAGAGAUUGGGAUAUAGGCUUCCUCCAUGGUGCUAUAGACUUUGCUGUUCGCUCCAGUGAGGUUGUAGGAUUCCAGAAAUUUCUUCUGUUGAGAAACCCUUCUUCAGAGAAAGAAGAUGGCUUCCUUAGGGUUUUCUGGGAACAGGCAUUUGGGUGUCAGUUCCCCAACUCUAUGGCAGACCUACAGGAUAAAGACAUCUGCAGUGGAGAAGAGAAGUUGGGGACUCUUCCUGCAUCUGUUAUUGAGAUGAGCAUGACCGGCCACAGCUACAGUGUCUACACAGCUGCCUUUGCUGUAGCACAUGCAUUGCAGGCCAUGCAUUCCUCUAGAUACAAAGGCAGAGUGAUAGUGGAUGAAGGAGAAAAACUUCAGAAUCAAGAGUUGUGGAAGCUUAACCACUUUGUUAAGAGAAUAGUAUUUAAUAAUACUGUAGGGGAAAAGGUUUCCUUCAAUGAAAAUGGAGAGAUAGAAGCUGGAUUUGAUAUUAUAAACUGGAUCACAUUUCCAAAUCAGUCCUUUCAGAGAAUCAAAGUUGGGAAGAUAGAAUCCAUGGCUCCCCAAGAAGAAGUGUUGAGGAUUUGGGAAGAAGCCUUUGUGUGGCCCAGCAGUUUUAACCAGGUGCAGCCCCUUUCUGUUUGUAAUGAUAAAUGCCCUUUGGGUUACCAUAAAGCAAAUAAGGAAGGGGAGCCAUUUUGCUGCUAUGAUUGCAUUCUGUGUCCAAAAGGGAUGUUUUCCAACCAAACAGACAUGGAUGAAUGCCUUCAGUGCCCACAAGAUCAAUACCCAAACAUGGAACAGGAUUCAUGCAUGCCAAAGGACAUUAGUUUCUUGUCUUAUGGAGAACCUUUGGGAAUCGCUUUGACUGCUUUAGCUCUUUCCCUUUCUUUCAUCACAGCUUUGGUGCUUUGGGUCUUCAUUAAGCACCGGGAAACUCCCAUAGUCAAAGCCAACAACCGGAACCUCACCUACACUCUCCUCAGCUCCCUCCUUCUUGCCUUCCUUUGUGCUUUGCUAUUUAUUGGUCAACCAGAGAAAGUGACGUGUCUCCUUCGACAAACAGCUUUUGCCAUCAUCUUUUCUAUGUCAGUUUCUUGUGUGUUGGCCAAGACAGUGAUUGUGGUUCUUGCUUUCAGGGUCACCAAACCAGGUUCCAGGAUGAGGAGAUGGGUGGGGAAACAACAGGCCACCUCCAUUGUUCUUUCCUGUUCCUUGAUUCAAGCUGCUCUUUGUACUGUAUGGCUGGCAACAUCUCCCCCAUUUCCAGAUAUUGAUAUGCACUCUGUGACUAAAGAAAUUGUUUUGGAAUGUAAUGAAGGCUCAGUCACCAUGUUCUACUGUGUCUUGGGCUUUAUGGGCUUGCUGGCCAUUGCCAGCUUCACUAUAGCCUUCCUAGCCAGGAAGUUACCUGACAGUUUUAAUGAAGCCAAGUUCAUCACCUUCAGCAUGCUGGUAUUUUGCAGUGUGUGGCUGUCCUUUGUUCCCACCUAUCUGAGCACGAGAGGAAAAUAUAUGGUGGCUGUGGAGAUCUUCUCUAUCUUAGCCUCCAGUGCUGGUUUACUAGGUUGUAUAUUUUCCCCAAAAUGUUUUGUUAUUCUGAUGAGACCUCAGCUGAACAGUAGGGAGCAACUAAGAAGAAAGGAUUGA